AAGAUGAGUUGUCACUGUUGUUGAAGCUGUCAGGCACGUGAGCUGAACUGUGCUACGUCGUCGUGAGUGCUAGCAGGCGAUAUGGCGGCUGAUACUCCUCCCAAGGUGUUAUUUGAACAUGAAGGUGUUUUCAUACACUCAAACGAAGACAGUGAAGAGCAAGAUCUACUUGUUUCUGGGUUCCUACGGCUCAUUGAUAAGGAUGGUGAAACUAUCGUGGAAUACAAACCCUUGGAGGACACUGUUGAUCCAUCUAACAUGCUGUGUGCUGGCAAGGAUUCCAGCUCAGUGAUGGAGUGGGCCCAGUGUCCCGGGGAGGAGAGGUCGACUCCUCAGCAAGCUGUGGUGGUGGAGCAGCAGAGCUACGAGACUGAGUGGGACAUGAUCAAUGCAGUCUCCUUUCCCAAGAGGAAACCCUGCUGCAACGGAGAGGGUGCAUUGAACAACACACAUGAGAAAAGCAAGUGGGCUUUCACCUUCAGUGUGUGGGACCUGAGGUCUAUCACAGUGAAGGAGGAGGGCUGGUCCCGCCUGGUGUUCAGACUGAAGGAGCCCCCCACCUCCCUGCCAGCCCUCCACUUCCACCAAGGGGGUAGUGAAGGCUUCCUGGACUGCCUGAGGAGAUACGCCUUGAUCACUGAGGCCCCGGAUGAUGAAACCUGCCUGCUGGUCAGCACUCCCAACAGAGCUCUCUCUCAGUCCUUCGAGAACCUUCUGGAUGACAACAACUACGGCCUUGUUACUAAGCUGAAGAAUGAUCCGUACACGACGACCCUGGGGGGCUUCUCCAAGGUCACCAACUACAUCUUCGAUGCGUUCCGUGGCCCAGAGCUGGAACAGCAGCAGCGCCCCCCGGAGGAGGUGGCUGACCUGGACAUCCUUGGACUGGGAGAGGUCAUCCCUGGCCUGGAGAUCAACCAGCAGGAGGAGCCGGGCUUCGAGGUCAUCACCAGGAUCGACCUGGGAGCCAGGCCAGAGGUAACGAGGAGGCAGCCACUGUCUGCAGAGGACUGGGCUGAGAACCAGGAGAAGGAAGGAAGGAUGAAAAAUGUCCCUCGCCUUAAGAAAAUCAUAUUCAAAGGGGGUUUGUGCCAUGCGGUGAGGAAAGAGGCCUGGAAGUUUCUGCUGGGGUAUUUCCCCUGGGACAGCACCUACGAGGAGAGGAAAGGCCUACAGAGGAGGAAAACGGAUGAGUACUUCAGGAUGAAGCUCCAGUGGAAGUCGGUGAGUGAGGAGCAGGAGAGGAGGAACUCCAGGUUAAGAGACUUCAGGAGCCUGAUAGAGAAGGAUGUGAACAGAACAGACCGAACCAACAGGUUCUAUGAGGGCAUAGACAACCCAGGCCUGGUGUUACUCCAUGACAUCCUGAUGACGUAUUGCAUGUAUGAUUUUGAUCUGGGGUAUGUCCAGGGAAUGAGCGACCUCCUCUCCCCGAUUCUCUAUGUGAUGGAGAACGAGGUGGAUGCCUUCUGGUGUUUUGUCUCCUUCAUGGAUCAAAUGCACCAGAACUUUGAGGAGCAGAUGCAAGGCAUGAAGACUCAACUGAUCCAGCUCAGCACUCUGUUGAGGCUGCUUGACCUGUCCUUCUGGAACUACCUCGAGUCGCAGGAUUCAGGUUACCUGUAUUUCUGUUUCCGGUGGUUACUGAUCCGCUUCAAGAGGGAGCUCAGUUUUCCAGAUGUUCUUCGUAUGUGGGAGGUCAUAUGGACUGGCUUGCCCUGCCAAAACUUCCAUUUGCUGGUGUGCUGUGCCAUCCUAGACUCAGAGAAACUGAAAAUCAUGGAGGAAAACUAUGGCUUCAAUGAGAUCCUCAAGCACAUCAAUGAACUCUCAAUGAAACUGGACAUUGAAGAAAUCCUUCACAAAUCAGAGGCUAUUUGUAUGCAGAUCAGAAGUUGUAAGGAUUUGCCUCAUUCAAUAAUUGAGAUCCUGGGAUUCAACACAGAAAGCGAACUUCCCAGAUUAGAAGGGCGGGUGUUUGGGACUCCUCUUGAUUCUCCUCAGUCUCCCAGACCCACACAGAGGCAGGAGGUCUUCUCUAAUGGUCACAAUGGACAUUACAGAGAACCCCCCUCAUAACGGCUGCAAAGUCACUUUCAUAUCAUAGUGAACAAUAUCAUUCACACAGAGACUUUGCAAUGUCCACAUACCAGAAAGAGUAUUUUGGAUUCAGUUAUUGGAUAAGUUGAUAACUGAAGCCAGCUUAUCAAGGCCCUAUAAGAAGAGAAAGUAAUGUAAAAAGGAUUUAAUAUUAUUCAAAUUUUAUUAUUUUUGUAAUUUCUUGUAUCAUAUUGUCUUUCAUUGAAAUAGUAAGUUGAAUGCACCAAUUUGUAAGUCGCUCUGGAUAAGAGCGUCUGCUAAAUGACUUAAAUGUAAAUGUAAGUAAUUCUUCCUUGCUAAGGUUUUUUUGUAAAGACUGGCAAGGUGAGUUUUCAUUUGUAAAGUAAUAAUAUGCUGUUUUUAUUUAAACUAUAACCUUUUUCCUGAAUCACGCACACAAGUUUUCAAAUCCUAGGAUUUAAAUGUUGAUUGAUUCACGUUUGAAAAACAAACAACUACUUUUAUCAAGAUCUAGCCAGGUAUCAAUUUGGUAGUAAAUGACAAAAGCACUGUAAAAUGUUUUGUCACAAUAAGACACUUUUCAAAUUGAAAAUGUGAAAAACAAAACAACUCAAGAACAUCUCCCUGAAUCAAAAUAAAAGUAUAGCCUUUAGUUGUGUAAUCAUACUCCAGUACUAAUGUGUUACUUUGGUCUGAGAUUUGACAUUUUCCUAUUGAGGGAAGAUGUAUUUUCCACACUCAUUUCCUAUAUAUUUAAAACCCUGUUAGAGAAAAUGUGGGCACACCUCCAUCACUCAUACACGGUCCUGUAAGACUUCCUUUGACCAUAUUUGGCAAAAACAAAAUGUCAAUGUAUUGUUUUCUCCAAAAUAUCAAUGAUAUUAUAAUUUGGUAACUGUUUAUACCGUACUUUAUUUAAUACUAUAUUUUGCUUGUUUUCCAACAUAUUGAAUUGAGGACUGUGUAUCUGGCCCAGGAAGGAAACGAUAGAGUUCCUCGGAAUUCGUUCAGUUCAGGAAAUAAACUCUAACUCUUCUGGUCUUGUA